UUUCUCCUUGCUCGAAGCCUGCCUGUGCAUGCUAGUACGAGAGUGAAACCCAGGACCCAGCCGUCGCAGCUACUCGGGUAUCUCUCCAGAAACUCCGACCACUGAAAAAAAAAAAUGGGUCUGAUUCGUAACCAAAAUCUCCAUUUCUUCACGAAUCGGAACCCAAGUAGGAUGAGCAAAUCAACACUAAUCCGUCUCAGAUCAUUGCGCUUUUGCACCUCGCAAACCUCUUCUCAAAACGACAGCAACAGUGUGAAAGAAAUCACUGAUAUCCUCAACCAGACAACCAAUUGGAAGUCCCUUUUGGGAUCUUCUAAUUUUCGCAAUAAGCUAAACGCAAACGUGUUUUGCACCAUCAUCCAUGAAAACAAGGUAAGCGAUCCCAAACGCCUCCUUCGAUUCUUCGAAUGGGUCCAUUCUCAUGUGGGUAUCCGUCCAAGUUUACAACCCUCUUCGAUUCUCGCAGUGAUUCUAUGUAAUUCUCGUCUUUUCCCGCUCGCCAGGGUUGUAGUAGAGCGCAUGAUAGAAGCCCGUAUACCGCCUUUAAAGAUUUCAGAUUCAUUUGUUAGGUAUUGUAGUGAGUACAAAGCGCCUGAUGGAAUGAUGUUUGACAUUUUGGUUGAUUCAUUGAGGAAAAAGGGAUUUUUGGGUGAAGCUAGUUUUGUGUUUUUGAGCGCCAAGGAUGAAGGAUUUUUGCCCAGCUUGAUGUCUUGUAAUUCUUUGUUGAAAGAUUUGUAUAGGGCUAAAGAAAUGAAUCUUUUUUGGAAGGUAUAUGAAGGGAUGUUAGAGGCUAAUGUGACUCCUGAUGAUUAUACUUAUACCAGUUUGAUUGGUGCAUAUUGUAGAGUUGGGAAUUUUAAAGAGGCCAAACUGGUUCUUCUUGAGAUGACAGAGAAGGGGUGCAGCCCCAGUGUAAUUACCUAUAAUGUGGUAAUUGGAGGGUUGUGCAAAGCUGGAGCUGUUCAUGAAGCUGUUGGGGUAAAGGAUUUGAUGCUUGACAAGGGCCUGGUUCCAGAUAAUUAUACUUAUAACACACUUGUAGAUGGGUUUUGCAAGAAAAAGAGAUCAGCAGAGGCAAAAUUGAUACUAGAGAAAAUGCAUGCGGUGGGUUUAAAUCCUGACUAUAUUACCUAUACUGCUCUUAUUGAUGGGUUCAUGAAGGAGGGAGAUGUAGAGGAGGCUUUUCAAAUCAAGGACGAGAUGAUUAAUCGCAGAAUCAAGUUGAAUGUUCAUACAUAUAAUUCACUGAUUGGUGGAUUGUGCAGGGUUGGUGAGACUGAGAAGGCAGAAGCUCUCUUGCGAGAGAUGAUUGAGAAAGGCACAAAGCCUGAUACUCGGACUUAUAAUUUAUUGAUUGAAAGGUGUUAUCGUGGAAAGAAUAAGGAAAAGGCUUAUGAGUUGCUUGUUGAAAUGAAGCAGCGGAACCUGGUACCAAAUGUGCACACAUUUGGUGUGAUAAUUGAUGGCCUACGCCGUUGUGGAGACCUUCACGAAGCUAAUAGAAUUUACAAGGAAUUGAUAGCUGGGGGUUUAAGACCUAAUGCUGUUCUAUGCACAAAUCUAAUCAAUUGCCAUAUCCAAGAAAAUAGGCUUGAAGAUGCAGUGAGGUUUUUUCAGACAAUGAAAGACAGUGGGGUUUCGCCUGAUGUGGUUUGCUACAAUUCUCUUAUAAUUGGCCUAUGCAAGGCAAGAAAGAUGGAAGAAGCAAGGGCUUACUUAAUUGAAAUGGUUGAGAGGGAACUUAAGCCAAAUGAUUAUACCUAUGGGGCUUUCAUCCAGGUCUAUUGUAAGGACGGGAAAAUGCAAGUUGCUGACAAGUACUUCAGAGAGAUGCUGGGUAGUGGGGUUGCGCCGACUGAUUUCAUCUUCUCAGCCCUAAUAGAGGGGCACUGUAGACAGGGUAAUACUACAGAAGCCUUCUCAACAUUUAGAUGCUUACUUGGGCGAGGUGCACUUCCAGAUGUUCAAACUUACAGCGUGCUUAUCCAUGGGCUAUCAAGGAAUGGAAAGCUUCAGGAAGCCAUGGGGGUUUUUACUGAACUUCUCGAGAAGGGUCUGUUGCCUGAUGUAUUUACUUACACCUCUCUCAUUUCUGGUUUCUGUAAGCAAGGUGAUCUAAAAGAGGCUUUCCAGCUGCAUGAAGAGAUGUGUAAGAAAGGAAUUGAUCCAAACAUUGUUACUUAUAAUGCAUUGAUAGAUGGACUUUGCAAGUCAGAUGAGCUAGGGAGGGCCAGGGAAAUGUUUGAUGGAAUCAUGGCCAAGGGAUUGUUUCCUAACGAAUUCACAUAUGCUGCAAUUAUUGAUGGCUAUUGCAAAUCUGGAAAUUUAACUGAGGCAUUUCAGUUGUUUGAUGACAUGGCAUUGAAAGGUGUUGCACCAGAUAGUUGCAUUUACUGUAUCCUCGUUAAUGGUUGCUGCAAAACAGAAAAUAUGGAGAAGGCUGUGUUCUUGUUUAGUGAAAUGGUGCGAAAAGGCCUGGCAUCAACUGCCUCCUUUAAUGCAUUGAUUGAUGGCAUUUGCAAGUCAGGGAUGCUAACUAUAGCUAACGAGUUCUUUGAAAGUGUUAUAGAUGAACAUUUCACACCAGAUCACAAUACCUACACAAUUCUAAUCAAUUAUCACUGCAAGGCUGGAAGAAUGAAAGAAGCAGAGCAGCUCCUUUUGGAGAUGCAAAGGAGGAAUCUGUUGCCAAAUACUUCAACAUACGCUUCACUUUUACAUGGUUAUGACAGAAAAGGAUGUAGUUCUGAGAUGUUUACUCUUUUUGAGGAGAUGGUGGCAAGGGGUAUUGAGCCUGAUAACGUGACUUUUGGAAUAAUUUUCAAUGCUUACCUUAAAGAUGGUAAUUUGAUGAAAACCUUGAAGCUGAUGGAUGAGACGUUAGGGAAGGGCGUGAACGUGGACAGAAGUGUGUGUGAUGCACUAAUAGAUGUCCUGAGCGGCAAAGAGGAAUUUUCUGAGGUGCUAAAGUUACUUGAUGAAGUAGAAGAGCAGGGAAAUAAGCUGAGUUUUGCUAUGUGUAAGACUCUAGUCUGUGGUUUUCAUAAAGCAGGAAGUAUAGACAAAGCAGAAGUGGUAUUGAAACGCGUGGUUAAAUCUAAAUGGCUUCCAGACUCUACUUGUUUAAAUGACUUGAUUGUUCAAGGCAAAGAUGAUGCGAACUCUGAGAAUACCACCAGUUUUCUGAAGCAAGUAGUAUUAAGAGAUGCUCAUCUGGCGUAGUUCAUAUUGCUGGACGCGAAAACUGGAAUUUCAGCUCCUCUGAAAUGGUUUCUACCUGCACUCCACGGAUCAUUUAUACAAUGGUGGGCUGGUGGCUUGAGCAGGUUGUUUCAGAGAAUCCAUGCCGUGCAAAAAAAUUGGACGCCUGGUAGUCGGGCUGCUGGUUUGCGCAAGCGUGGCUUCUUUCUAAUUAAUUAUGGGAGAUUUAGCCACAACGGUUGAUCCAACACUUGUAAAGGUAACUGUAACAUGCAAUGAUGUAACUAUUCUUUGCUUUGAGAAAUUUCCUAUUUUUUUCGCUGUCGUAGGUAGAGGGUGUUCGGAUAUCCACCACAGAUAAACACAUAUUUGGAUUUAAAAUAGCAAUGGAGAAGAAUUGUUGAUAUUUGCAGUGUUCAAACCUUAGAGCAGGCAGCUUGUCACUUUUCUAGUUGUGUUUGAGAGUACUCUAAUUUUGCUGUAGAUUAUGAGGCUUUUAUA